GAGACGGCGAACCAGUGUGGUCACGUAGGCCCACCGUACCGCAUGGUGGAUAGAUGUUUCCUUUAACUCAACGUUGUAUAAAAUGCUAUAAUUGUGUAUUGUUGUUAUUUUGCAAGGGGCACAACGAUCCAGUGGAGCAGCCAUCUCCAGCCUUGCACACGAAUAUUGGCACAUGCCGGUCAUUAUUCGAACGUUGUUGGAAUACAGUUAAAUCGUAAUCUACGCAUCUCUGAAGAAAGUGGAGCUUUUGAUAUUUGCUCCUUGACAUCUAAAACACUGUAAAAAAAAUGAAGUGGUCACCGGGUGCUCUGUUCUGUGAACAAGUAGGUGAACUCACUCGAGUGUUCUCACAGUGGAACGAAUGCGAACAAACCGUGGUUCUAUAUGCUCUACUUCGUCGCAUUCCUGCAGUUCAAGCUAGGUUUCUUGCACAAGCAGUGCAGCAUUCCUUGCACUCUGUUUCUGAAUUGGAUACACAGGAAUUAAAUGCCAAUAAUCCAGCAUUCAUUAACUCAUUGCUCUCAGAGUCGACAGAAGUCGCUAUUAACCAACUGUUAACACACCUACCACUAUUAAGGCCUGGGAAUGUAGAGUGCAAACAAUGCUACUUAGUAGCGAUACCAGAAUUAGUGAGCCAUUGCGUAACUACAGGGCAAUAUACAGAGCAGACUCAACAACUCUUAAGUUAUACUUUGAUCCAUCCAGCUAUAACUAGUCAAGAUAGACGUUCUUUGACUCAGUGGCUUAGACAUCUCGAAGAACGUAUUAGCGGUACACCACCGAUACAUAGCCUCGAGGAAUAUACCAAUACUACUAUUAGGUGGGACAAUACGUGGCAGCGAAAUUCUAAACAGCAACAAAAUGAUCAGACAACUUUGUUUGGUACACAACCAGGUACUGCCUUCAAUAUGCAGUUUCCCCCGCCUGUAUCUCGUCAACGUCGAUCGAAUAGUUUAACACCACCAGUCGCUCCUCCUCAUCAUUUAGAAGUUGUCGAUCGCAGUAAUAACGUAAACUGCACAACUAGACACAAGCCACGAAGUUUCAGUGUCUCUGGAGACCACACAAGCAAUCUUAUCGGAUUAGGGCCACUGAGUCCUCAAAGCUCUUGCGCGAGCAGCGGUAGCGAAGGGCGCUUAGACGAAGCUUCUAACUUAUCGCUGGCUAGUGGUAUGAGAGAUGUUCCAUCAUGGCUUAAAACCUUACGUCUUCAUAAGUAUAGCUAUCUAUUUGUUACUCUCAGUUACGAGGAAAUGCUUCAAUUGACAGAAGAUCAAUUAGCAGAGCAAGGAGUGACAAAAGGAGCUAGACACAAAUUAGCCCUUUCAAUCGCGAAAUUGCAGCAGCGUUACUCGACGCUCUUAAAUUUAGAAAAAGAUUUACUCCAACCGACGCGCGAUAGUACACAGUCGACAUCAUUCUUACAAGGGCCAACGGUGCUGGUCAAUACUAUCGACGAAUUAAAAUCAAUUCUAGCUACACCUAUGAAACCAAGUCAAGAAAACGAUCCGCAAGAUAUACCAGCGCAAUUCAGCAAGGUCCUUGGCAAACUGUGUAGCAGAAUGGCAUUGGAUAGCGUGGAUGAUGGCAUUUUGUGCGCUUGUAUUAACAUAUUAGAGAAAGUAUUGCAGCAUGAUUGCUUUACUCCAAACCAGAAGGAAAAGGUUCAACAGUGGCGUAGCAGGCUCGGAAAUCCACGACCUACUCCGAAGUGGCAACAUAAUUACGGAUACAACAACAGAAGAUACUGUAACCCGCAGCAGCACAAUAGAAAACCAAGUCUGAAUUUGGGACACAUUCAUAAUACGCAUCCGCAAAAUAAUUCUUUUGUGGUCAGCCCUCACAGAAAUAGUAUAUCUACUCCGUAUUUACAAAAUAAUCAGAACCAAAGUGUAAAUCAGAAUACUUUACGUCCAGUCCACGCAGCCGAGAAACGACCUAGUUUACAAGAAUCUAGUUUACAGCAGUUACAAAGAACGUUACAGCGUACAUACAGUGCACCGAGGGAUCAUUUCCUUGGCCACUCUGGGAACAACACAUCCGAAACAACGGAACCGGAGAUCAAUUCUCGUCUAGAAUCUCUUUGCUUAAGAAUGACCGAACAGGCGAUCGGUGGUUUCGGCGAGGCCUAACGAAUUCUUCGUUUCGUUGACUGGAUCUACACAGUAAGUCCUGUUUGAAAAAAAGGAAAUUUUUUCUAAAGUGAUACGCGUGUCCUAGCUGCGUUUCUUUUUUUUUUUUUUUUCUUCAAAGCCGAAAAAGCAAGACUGACUUUCGUAGAUCUUGCGACAAAGAGACCGACAGCGACGAUAUAUAGCGCUGAGACAAGUGCGCGUGUCCCACAUGCACACAUUCACGCUUUAAUAGCCCCUACCAAAUGAAAGAAAAUGUCCGACAUUUGAGACAUUACCAAGGUAACUCGAGUUCGCGGCGUUCACGAAACGACACGCGAGAACAAAAAAAAAAAAAUGAAAAGGAAAAAAAAAUAAUAUUUUUUAUUAUACCCGAUGCAAUUAUACUAUUUAAUGAAACUGACAGAAUUUGGCAAGCCAAAUGCUAUUAGGAAGAUAGAUUCUUUCCUUGACUAUUUGCUGCAUCUAUAUAAAUGUAUUAUAUAAAGAAUAUAUAUGUAUACACAUAUGAUAGAAUUUUAUGGGAAGCGGAUUAAAUCGUAUAACAUAUAUAUGUGAAAGGAAAAAAAAACAAUGGGGGACGAAAAAGGUACACCACAAUUAUUGUGCGAUGUUUGCAAUAUUAUUUUUCGUGUUAUCCAUUUCGGGAAAUGGAAUUCGUCUGAUUUUAAGCGCCAGGACACAUUAUAUAUUAAUGUAAUGUAAUUCAUUUUAAUGACUGACUGAUUUUUACUUCUUUUUUUUUUUAUCAUUAUUAUCAUUAUGUUUAUUCUCCUCUUAUUCAUCGCCGCCGCUGUUGCUAUUUACCAUUACUAUUUUCAAUUAUCAUUAUUAUUUUCAUCGACAGCUUUGGCCACUAUUUACCAUCAGCGUCGUCAUUACUAUACGCCCAUUACUAUUAUUACAAUCAUUAUAAUUAUCGCUAUUAUUAUCACUAUACAAAUCUCCAACGCCCGCUGUUGCUAACCAUUUCUACAAUCAUACGACUAACGCUCAUUAUUCCGUAUCCUUUUUACGCUGUUAUUAACUUUCAUCGUCUGUCGUUACCGCUGCUUCUACUAUUACCAAUCCUACCACACUAUACUAUCCCCUACUACUCUACUACCGGUAGUGUCGCUACUAUUACUACUACAAGUACUGCUAUUACUACUAUUAUACUAUCUCCACUAUCACUGUAUUAUUACUGUAAUUCUCUCUCUAUGGAGGAAUCAUACUUAACAAGAAAAAAAGUUCGACAGUUCGUUACAUGCUUUUAAAAAAAAAAAAAAGAGGGACGGGCGGGAUGGGGUAAACAAGAAAAAGAGAACGAACAACGUACACGUUUUUAAAAAUUCAUCUCUGCUAUACCGAGAAGAGAUAAACCUAAACCAGCGUGUAUGCUUUGUAGUUUGCGCACAGAUCUCGUGAUUUUUUACACUCGUAUGCGAGAGUUACCAUGUUUCGGAAAAGAACGAUAUAAAGGGGAAGGAAUCAAGGAUUAAAAAAGAAAAAAAAUUAUGAAAAGGCGAAAAUGAUUAUAUACAAUAAACGGAUUUUAAAGGCCUUAAGGACGUAUUAAGCGAACGUAAAGGGUAUAAGACUAAAUAUUAUACGUAGACGACGUUGUGAAACGAUGGAGACACGUAUAUGUACAUACGUAAUAUAUAUAUAUAUAUUUUUUA